AUGGCCGCAAUCUCAUCUUUAUUCUCUCCUAAUUUACUCCACUACCCAACAAUCCAACAAUCACCGCUCUCAAAACCCUCUUUCCAAAUCCUUAAACCCCAAAUUCAGCUUAAACUCCGAUUUUCACCUCUGUUUACAAACCCUAAAGAACAAAGAAGACUCUCUGCUGUUGCAGAGGAAACACUGGUAUCUACGCAAGACCAGGCCGCCGCGAGGCGAUUGUAUGUAGGAAAUAUUCCGAGGAACGUCAACAACGAUGAGCUCAGGCGGAUUGUGGAAGAGCACGGUGAGGUAGAGAAGGCUGAGGUGACUUAA